UCCUUUCCCCUCCCCAAAAUCGAAAUCUUCCCCGGUAAGACACACGAAGACGCGGGCGCGAACACGGAGGAGGAGAAGUAGAAAUCCCCAAAUCAAAGGGACAAACCCUAGCCCCUGCUCCGAUCCAGACGCCCCCUCGCAUCAAUGGCCUCUCCCAUCAGCGGCAGCGACGACGAUGACGAGCACCUCUUCGCCGGCGUCCGCUUCUUCCUCGUCGGGUUCGACCCCCUCUCGGAGUCCCAGUAUCGGUCGGAGAUGGUGCGGCGCAGCGGCGUGGACGCCGGGAGGUUCGGCAGCGGGUGCACCCACGUCAUCGUUUGCGGCCUCGUCUAUGAUGACCCGGCAUGCGUGGCGGCGCGGGCGGAAGGGAAAAAGGUCGUCACCGAGCUUUGGGUGGAAGCUAGCUUGGAUCGGGGAAUGCUUGCCGAUGCCGAUAGGGUUAUGUAUUGGCCGGUGCGAGAUUUGAAUGGAAUAGCAGGCAGUGAAUCAUUACGCAUUUGCUUGACGGGCUACCAAAGAAGUGACCGCGAAGAUAUAAUGAGCAUGGUUUCUUUGAUGGGAGCGCAAUUCUCCAAAUCUUUGAAUCCAGACGUAGUCACUCACCUUAUUUGCUAUAAAUUUGAAGGUGAGAAGUAUGAGGCUGCUAAAAAGGCGAAGUUGAAGUUCAACUUUAACAUCAAACUUGUUAAUCACCGGUGGUUGGAAGACUGCUUAAAGUGUUGGAAAAUUCUUCCAGUAGAUGAUUACAGCAAAAGUAGUUGGGAACUAGAGAUAAUGGAGGCGCAAGCCAAGGACUCAGAAGAUGAAGAAGAUGUAGGCCAAAGAUCAUUUAGAAAUAAGAUUGUCAGAUCCACUCUGAACCCAAAAGGUAGCGCGGGAACUUCUGCCAACCCUGUUGUGAAUGCACCAAUUCGGUCACCGACUAUUUCGAGUGGUAAUAUAGGGAUGGUUUUGGAAAAACAGCCGAACAUUCCUGGAGAGAUCAGGAAAGCAGAAGAUGCCGUCAACAGGAUACAUGAUGUCGCAGUCCAAGGCACUCCUAGAACUAGAUUGGCAAUGUCUGCUAACACUGAUUUUAGCACACCCAGUCAGAUUCCAUUUAUUCAUAGUGAUAGUAGAGGGGAUGCUGCAGUAAGAGAUUUGAAAAAUGCAGAUCAGAUCCAGGGGAAUAAACACAAAGAUGUUGGCACAAAGACACUUGAUGUUACAUCCGGUGCAUCAGGCACUCCAUGCUCAAGCAAGAUGGUUGUUUCUGCUAACCAUAACGUGCAUUCCUUAAACAAGACAAAUUUUGUGGAGGAUCAUGGCGACACUGAUGCUAGCAAAGCUGACUUGACCACCCCAUCCAGAGAAAUUCUGCCUGCAAAUGUACUUGAUUCAUCUAAUGUUGCCAGAGGGCGAAGUCAAGAGGAUUAUGGAGCCACAUGUACUCCUGAUGCAGCAGCUGGUCAGUCAACCAUUAAUGACAAUGUCACCAAUAAUAAUAUUGGUUUGAAGUCAGGAAACAAUGCUUCGCUCAACAUCAACAACAAAAGUUCUUUGAAACCCUUAGAGAAGUCGGUACUGCCUGAACAAUAUUCAGCUAACCGUAUAGGACCACUUCAGGGGGCUGAUGGGAGCAUGAUGAGAUCUGAUUCUAGUAUCUCGACAGCACGUAAGGGAGAUAAAAUAAUUGCUGAUCUAGCUGGCGUCCAGGUUCUGAAAGGUGGUGAAAAUAUACAGGAUGAGAAUGUACUGGAUGGUGCAUAUUCCCAAAAAAAGAAGUGCUCCAUUUCCCCAGUUUUGUUCAAAGUGCAAAAUGGAGAUACGGGGAAAGAAACUGGUGCGUUGAACUCUCCUUCUGCAAAUAGGCUUAGUGACACAUCUGAACCAGCAAUUUGGUCAUCUGUAGGAACAAAUCCAAGUGAAGCUAAUAAUGUUGAUUUGGGAAAGCAACAGUCUGGCUCAUCUAAAUCAAGAUCUAGGACUGCACUCAAGCAUGGUAAUCUGGUUGAUGGAAUCAAGCUCCCUGAAUAUUCUUCAAGUGAGACAAAUGCGCAGCCUCCACCGAAACCAAAAGAAUUGCUCGCCACAAGCCUUUCAGCCACUGUUCACGAUGUAAAGAGAUGUCCAGAUUUCUCUUUUCAAAACAAGGAUGGUGAUUAUGCACAAGAUAGUGGUAAUGCAUUGAAUCAAGAUGGCUCGCCACUGAUGCGCAAGACAGAAAACGUUCUUGCAAAGGUCAGAACAUCUGACAUAUCUUUACACAGUUCAAGGAAAUCAAAACUUGUUCCCUCUUCUGGAAAUGGUGAUACUGAGAUGUCUGAUGCACUUGAUAUUGAAAAAAAUAAGGCAGCAGUGGCUUCAAAUUGCAAGCCUGAGAAAGUGGUACCUGAUGAAAAUAUAAAAGCAGACCAGCUUAAAGACUUUCCAGGUACUUCAAACAAUGUUCUGCGCCAAACAGGUUAUUUAAAGAAAGUAGCAUCUCGUAAAGGAAUGAAAGCAAGCACAAAGAGACCUCGUAGUGCUAGCAAGGUGGUUGAUGAGCCAGUAGUUGACGAUGGUAAGACUAAGACAGUGGUUUCUGAGUCAGAGCCUGAUAAAAUGAUUGCUCACAAGCACAUUGGUGAAACAGCUAAAGAUGGCCCUGAUAGUGUAAACGCAGCAGAACACAGAACAAAUUCUUCAGACAAAGUUCUUACAGAUGGAGCGAGUAGGAUUUCCAGAAGACUGCAGAAUGUUCACACCAUGAAAAAUGAUAGACAUGCAGCUUCCAACUUGGAAUCCAGUAAGAUGAUUUCUGAGGAAAAUACUGGAAUUGGGAUAACCCCUAAGAAGUUUGUGAGUAAUGCAACUACUGAGGGACAUCAAACAAAUUCACCGAAAAUGUUACCCAAUACCAGUAUGAGGAAUACAUUUGCCAAGAGGUCUCGGGUAUCUGACACCAAAAUGACUGGUGAAUCAUCAGCUGAUAAAACUGAAACAGUGGCUGGCAAGUCACUAUUUGAUGACUUAUUUCCUUCCCAAAACAUUGAUCACCCUAAAAAGCUUUCAAGUAGUGCAAGUGCUGACGGCUGUGGAUCACUAUCCUGUAAGAAUGCAUCGCCUGCCAGAGUUAGGAAUGCAGUUGCCAAGAGGAAAAUAAAAGCUCUAGAAGACAAGUCAGACAGCAAGCUUGGAAAAAUUGGUGGUGCCAUUGUAUCUGCAGCUAAAGCUGUGGCAUCAAGGGGAAUUGAAGAAAGCUCAUGCAACAUCAACAAAGUAAGUUCUGAUCAAAAUUCUGUGAAGACCGAUGGAAUGAGAGAUGUAUCUGGAUUAUUUUCGAGUGAUACUUCUGUGAUAGACAGGUCAGAAAAUCUGAAUAACUCUAAGUUGAGAUGCAGCAAAAGAAAUAAAUCUCUUUCUUUAGACCAUGAAAAGGAGAAUAUGCAAGACAAUGGUACUCUCAGUUCUAAAUCCAAUGGUAGAACUGCUAUUAUGAAUUCCAACUUAGAUGCAAAUUCGAUGAAGCACGGUGCAAAUAUGUUCAAUGAGCCCAAUAGAAUAAAAGGAAACGGACCUGGCACCUUGAUCACGCCUGAGCCUACAUGUUUUAUUUUAAGUGGACAUCGCCAACAGAGAAAGGACUAUAGAUCAAUACUUCGGUGCCUGAAGGCACGAGUUUGCAGGGAUUCACAUCAUUGGUCAUACCAAGCGACACAUUUUAUUGCCCCAGACCCUCUCAAGAGAACUGAAAAAUUCUUUGCAGCUGCAGCAGCUGGCAAGUGGAUACUGAAAACUGAUUACUUGACCUCUUGCAAUGAGGUUGGCAAAUUGUUGGACGAAGAACCAUUUGAAUGGUCUGGUACAGGCCUUAAUGACGGGGAAACAAUCAGCUUUGAAGCUCCCAAGAAAUGGCGUGUUUUGAGGCAGCAGAUGGGCCAUGGUGCCUUCUAUGGGAUGCAGAUAAUUGUAUAUGGACAGCUCGUUAGUCCAUCGCUGGAUACAGUAAAGCGUGCAGUACGAUCUGGCGAUGGCACCAUCUUAGCAACCUCGCCACCGUACACACGGUUCUUGAACUCUGGCGUCGACUUCGCUGUGGUAUCUUCGGCCAUGCCAAGUGCAGACGCAUGGGUUCAACAAUUCAUCAGUCACGAUAUUCCUUGUAUCACUGCUGAUUAUCUUGUUGAGUACGUCUGCAAGCAUGGGCAUCCGCUCGACAGGCAUGUUCUCUUCAACACAAACGAUCUGGCCAACAAGUCCCUCAAGAAACUACUGCAAAACCAGCAAGAGGUGGCCACAGAUGUACUGAAGCCACAGGAGGACGGAGAUCCCGACGACCUGAGCUGCUCGGCGUGCGGGAGUACGGACCGGGGCGAGGUGAUGCUCAUCUGCGGCAACGAGGAUGGCUCGACCGGCUGCGGUGUAGGUAUGCACAUCGACUGCUGCGACCCUCCCCUGGAAGCUGUCCCAGAACAUGACUGGCUGUGCCCCCAGUGCGAAAUGCCCAAAGCGACGAAGAAAUCUGCGUCACGCGUAGCUAGCAAAUCGAGAGUAUCCAAGCGAAAAAGGUGAUUUUUCUGCCUUUUUUUUCUGCUUUCACCCUGUUUUAUUGAACAGAAUAAACGGUGUGUUUAUUUUCGUCCGUUGUAAAGUUUUUAUCAGUGGCAGAGAUGCUGUCUCGGCAUUUCUGAGUGUAGUUUUUUCUCAUUCUGCUGCUAUACAGGCGUGUUUUCCUCAUGGCUUAUGUGUUCAAUGAUUCGUUAAA